ACAACUUCCGGUGUCAUGCCGGCUCCGUGUUGAGCCUCGUGGGUUGAAGAAAAGGCAACUACAGAUGGCGGGCGUGUCGGAGAAAAGCCGCGGCCAGGCGUUUGCAGAGCAGCAGCUCCUGCGUCACGGCUGGGAACACGGUAAAGGCCUGGGGCGCGCAGAAAAUGGCAUAUCGGAGCCCAUCAAAGUGAAAGUGAAAUGUGGUAAAGGAGGAGUGGGCCACAGAGAAGGAGAGCAGUUCAGCUUCCACUGGUGGGAUCACGUCUUCAACAAGGCCUCGUCCAGCCUGCAGGUUCAGGCCCAUCAGGACGGAAUUGAGGUCAAGAAGACGACAGAGGAGGAUGAGGAAGGCGGCACCAUCUCCAACAGGAAACCACGGAAGGCGGCGCUGGCUAAAGACAAACUGUACGGAUGCUUCGUGAAGUCUGCCACACUGCUGGCGGGUCAGGAGCAGCCCGAGCCAAAGGAGGAUGACAGCAGCAGCAGCAGCAGCUCAGACGAGGAAGAGGAGCAGAAACUGGACCUCUCCAGUGUCAACAAGUUAUCUGACGCUGAUCUGAUGAAGGCCUGCGGGGGGCGCACUGCUCACAAAGGAGCGCGGCACGGCCUCACCAUGAGCGCCAAGUUAGCCCGCCUGGAGCAGCAGGAGGCGGAGUUCAUGGCGCGGUACGGACAGAGGAACCAGCUGCAGCGUUCUCCGCCGCUUUGUGUCGCAGAGGGUUCUCCAAGCCCAGAGGAGGAGGCAGCGAAGGAGCGCAGGCCGAAAAAGAAGAAGAAGAAAAAAUCUACUGAGAGCUGUGAGGAAGAAGUCUGCCCUGCAAACGAUGAAGAGCGUAGAACAGCUGAGACUCUGAAUGAAACGUGUGAGCUGCUCACUAAAGUCAAGAAGAAGAAGAAGAGGAAAACGUCCAGACAUCACAAUCAACCGGCUGAGGAAGAUCCUGAUCCUGAGGAAGAGGAAGCAGAAGUAACCGAGACAACGAAGAAGAGCAAAAGGAGAAAGCAGAAAAAGGAGAAUGGACAUGGACUUUAAUCCUGCUGAUGAAGAAGAUGCUCCUCCUCUGAAGAAGAAAAAGAAGAAAAAGAAGAAGUCAAAGACACAGGACUGAUGAUGGAAACAAUUGUUUGGAAUAGUUUUCUUCCAGUUUGAAGCAAACGAUGACUCUGCUCCUCUGAGAUGAGAAUUUUAACAAACUUUUUUAAUAAAAAUGCAAAAACAUGAGAGAUGAUCUUA